AUAGUACCUGCUCUCUCCGCAGCGCUUCGAACGUUUGAUCGUGUGCUUGGGCUGAUUAGGCGGAGUACUCACGUCGUAGAAGAUUCUUUGUGGCAAUGCAGGCGGGAAUGGCGGGAGGAGGGAUGGCGAGUAUGAUGGGCCAGGGUAGCGGUGCCCCAGCCAUGGGCGGCCUCGGCAUGGGUACUGGGGUCGUUGGCGCGGGAUUGAAUGGGCAAAACGGCGCUCCGCAGAACUUGACACCGCAAAACAUCAUGCCAGCUGCACCAUACGGAGUUGUCACAUGCCACAUAUGUGGAAAACUCGGACAUUAUGCACGUAACUGUUGGCAGGCGGGAAAUAGACAGAGACCAGAGGAGGAGAAUGUAGAAAUGCGGGAGCUUCUUCUCCGCAUUGCAAGGAGAGAGAAAGAAGAAGAUGAGAGGAAGGGGCACGAAUCUGAUGAGGCUAAACGAAAGGAGGAGGACGAACGUCGUGAAAGUGAGAAGCUUCGUGAGGAGCAGGCGCGGGAGGCAAAACUGGAGGCAACUGUCCUUCGGAUCCUUGCGCAGAGGAAAGCACCGUUAGCAAUUGUUCCUGCACAGCAACUUACUAACGAUUCGAAGAAGCGAUCACCAAGGUCCAAGGCGCAGAUGUUGAUGGAGAUUAGAAGCUAUACUGCCGAAUCGGAGGAUGACAGUGAAGAGGUGAGAGAAGAGGCGAAAAAGCUUGUGGAAGCGUUUGAGAAUCGGAAGAAAUCCAAGAAGGGCGGGAGGAGCACUCGUGCGACUACUAGUCGGACGGAAAAGAAGUACCUCACACCGAGGAAGGAGAAAGGCCUUGUGAAGGAUCCCACGCCCUUGGGAAAUGACUUCGAGACACCAACUAAAGUCUGCCCCGCCGAGGGCUCGAGUGAAGGACUGAUCGACUACGUGCUUACUCAAACGAAGGUGCUCAGCGCAUUGAGGGCCGGAGAAAUCCGAAAAAUCUGCGAUAAGGAGGGAGUGGAGUAUAUCAGGAAGGACAUCUCAAUACAAGAAAUUGUGAAGUGUCGUACACGUCUCGCCUACGAGGGCUUCUUCGAACUCAAGAAUCUGGGGUCUACACCGAAGACUCAAGGAGGGGGCCUCGAUGUACCGUAAUGGCUCAAGCAAGCAUUGUCUACUCGCGCAGCAGCUAUUAGAUUCACAGAGCUAGUCGCGAGGCGAAAGGAGACCGUUGCUGAUGAGAGAUGACGAGAAUGAACUGGCACUACUCGU